AUGUCAUACUACUUCACAAUCAUCGGCACGAGAGACAACCCCCUCUUCGAACAUGAAUUUGGCACUUCCAAGGCUGGUGGAGACGGCGUUGCCCGCUUUCGCCAUGAGGCCAGACACAUGAACCAAUUCAUCGUUCACAGCAGUCUCGACGUUGUCGAGGAAGUACAAUGGGGGAACAACGGACUCUAUCUCAAACACAUAGACCGCUUCCAAAACAAUCACAUCCACUGCUUCAUUACUGGCGGAAAUGUGAAGUUCAUGUUGCUCAUGAACCCAGAUCCUUCUUCCACGACAUACUCUACUUACCCGGCUGCUGCACCCCAACGGCAACAUCCCUCUAUUCCUGCUAGGCAGAGCACAUUACUGGCCAACAAUCCGACCAGUGCUCAGACUGAGGAAGCCGUGAGGCAAUUCAUGACCGAUGUCUACGAGGCUUGGAUCAAGUGUAUUAUGAAUCCUUUCUACACUGUCAACGCUCCGGUCUCGAGUCCGGUAUUCAGAAACCGUGUGGCCGCUGCUGCAAAGAAGUAUCUGUGA